AUGAGUCGGCAAGGUGGUGAUUACCGCAGCGUUUCCGGUACACAACCAAAAUCGCAGGGCUUGCCGUCGUACAAGCAAGUCACUUACCAACCCUCAAGUGCCAGGCUUCCAGUACAUAGUGCCAUCAACUCGGACACGAUGUCAGGCUCCAUCUCGAGCGGCGACAGCGCCUCGUCUGGUCAGAAGCAACGCCUCUUGCCCACUGCCAGUUAUCAGCCUCAUGCCGCUACCCAGCAGGCUAUCAGGCUUGAGGGCAGCAACACGCGUGCCAAUACGUAUGCCUCGUCGUGGCGUGGUCUUGCGAACGUCUGUACUUUGCUUUUUCUGGUAGUCGGUCUCGUCGCUCUCUUUGCCGGAUACCCCAUCAUCUCGCACUUGGAAAAGAACAACAACCAGAGCAAAAGUGGUUUCAAUCUCGGCGGUACCAACGGCUCAGGCCAAGUGCCUGAUCUUCCUCUCUUUAGCCUGAUUGACAAGGACACGCCCCAAUCGGCUCUCUCACGCGUGUCGCCCGCCGAUGGCAACUCCUACCAUCUCGUCUUUUCCGACGAGUUUGAACAGGAAGGCCGAACCUUUUGGCCGGGUGACGAUCCGUUUUGGGAGGCUAUGGAACUGUACUAUGGUGUCACUGGCGAUUACGAGUACUACUCGCCCGAAGCUAUCAACACCACUGGCGGUGCACUCUCAAUCACCAUGACCCAAAAAGCUACACACAACCUCAACUUCCAGUCUGGGAUGCUCCAAUCCUGGAACAAAUUCUGCUUCCAGGGCGGUUACAUUGAAUUCUCGAUGCGAAUGCCCGGUGGACCCUCCACUUCUGGCUACUGGCCCGGUCUUUGGCUCAUGGGCAACCUCGGUCGACCAGGUUACCCCGGCUCUACCGACGGCAUGUGGCCCUACUCGUAUCCUGGCUGCGAUGCCGGCAUACUGCGCAAUCAAACAUGGGUCAAUGGUACUGGUCCCGAUGGCGCUAUCCACUCAGAGGGUACCUAUUCGGUCGGCGGCCAGGUUUCUUUCCUCUCUGGCAUGCGAUCUCCUGCUUGCACCUGCCCCGGUGAAGACCAUCCUGGACCCAGCGUCAACAUUGCCCGCUCAUCGCCAGAGCUCGAUAUUCUCGAGGCUCAGAUUCAGAAUCACCAAGGUGUCUCUCACGGUUACGCCUCGCAGUCGUACCAGGUAGCGCCGUUUGAUCUCAGCUACGAGUGGGUCAACACGUCAGAUGCUGUCAAGAUCUGGGAUUCGGAUGUGACACAAGUCAACUCGUACAAGGGCAAUGUCUAUCAAGAAGCUGUUUCGUCGCUCACACGGAUUCCUGACUCGGGCUACGUUGACAGCAGCAAUCAGUACCUCACCUACGGCGUCGAGUAUCAUCCUGACUGGAACGAAAACGGCGGCGGUUCCGUCACGUGGUACGUCGAUGGCAAGCCUUCGUGGUCCAUCAACGGAAAGUCGAUGCCUGCAAACCCGCCGAUGGACAUUGGCUUGCGAACCAUCUCGGUGGAGCCCAUGUCGAUCAUCAUAAAUUUGGGCAUGUCGCCGACGUUCCAGCACGUCAACUUUGGCAGCGGCGGUGUCGUGUUCCCAGCUACCAUGUCGGUCGACUACGUCCGUGUCUACCAGCUAGACGGCCAGAGCGACCGCAUCUCUUGCGACCCACCUGACCACCCGACCGCCCAGUACAUUGCGGACCACAUGGAUCUCUAUACGAAUCCAAACUACACAGUUUACCCGCACAAGUGGCCCAAGAAUAAGCUCACCGGUUGUUAA